AUGGCGGACGCAACACUACAGUCAUGGGAGUACCUCGAGACGCUCCCGGGUACCCAGUUCUAUCGCCUCUACAGAAGUCCAUCCUCUGCGUUGGCGAUAUUCAGGAAACGGCUGUCAGCACUGGCAAAAUCCUUUGUCUUGAUGCUGUUGUACAUGCCCCGGCCUCUGCCAGUGAAACAACUGGAACAGUUUGUCAAGGACACCAGUAGAGGCGAACGCGAGUACGCCUUGGAUCUACUUCACCGCUACCACAUAUUUCGCGAUGUCACCCUCAACUCGACCAAGGCAUAUGCGUUGACUCCGGACUUCGCCCGAUCUCUCCGUCGCGCUUUGACGGGGGCAGGUGACAGCCGGUCCUUUGGACAGGUCGCGCGGGUCCCGGCCAGCGACAAGGCCACGAUAUCCCAACUGGAUGAGUAUUCCCGCCAACGAUGGGAAGGUAUAUUAGGCUACAUGGUCGGCUCAUCGUCCAUACCACUUGAAACGGCCAACGAGCAGCCAGCCAUCGAACCGGCUCCAGGAGUCAUUGAGCUUCUCAAGGCGGGUCAUCUCAUCGAGGUUAGCGGGGCGUACAAUCAUGGCCAAAGAGCCAGGAUCACGAAGGAAGGCUUUGCGUUUGUCCUGCAAGACAUCAACACCCAAGUAUGGGCCUUGCUAUUCCUCUACGUGGACAACGCCGAGGUCUUUGACAUGGACAAAGUCGACGUCCUGUCCUUCCUGUUCCUUGUCUCAUCCCUAGAGCUGGGGCUCGCGUAUUCGACCUCUACUCUGGACGAAACCCAACGGCGCUGCCUCUCGGACCUCGUCUCUCUCGGGCUUGUCUACCAACCUCUAUCCGACGACGGCAUCAAUCCUGCCAAUUACUUCUACCCGACACGGCUAGCCACGACGUUGACAUCCGACUCGGCCUCCGCGCUCUCGACGACCAACCUCACCAUUGGCACCUCCCUCUCCCAGAAAUAUUCCUCCUCGUCAGGCACAACCACGCCUUCCGGCACCGUGACACAAAAGGGCUUCAUAAUAGUUGAGACCAACUACCGCGUCUACGCCUACACUUCCUCCCCCUUACAGAUCGCCCUCUUAUCACUCUUCGUAAACCUUCGUUCCCGCCAUCCGAAUCUCGUCACGGGGAAAAUGAGCAAAUCCUCGGUCCAACGAGCCGUCCAGGCCGGCAUCACCGCCGACCAGAUCAUUUCGUAUCUGACGACUCAUGCGCACCCGCAGAUGAGGAGGCACGCGCAGGCCGAACAAGCCGCCUUGCUAGCACGGGGCACUGCCACCGAGGCGCAGGCGCAGAAGACAGUCCCGAUCCUUCCCGCGACGAUAUUAGACCAAAUUCACCUCUGGCAGCUGGAAAGAGACCGCAUGACGACCACGCCGGGGUUUCUGUUCCGGGAUUUCUCCACGCGGGCCGAGUACGAGGCCAACUGUCGGUACGCGGACGAGACGGGCGUCCUGGUGUGGAAGGACGAUGCGAAGCGGUUGUUCUUUGUGACCCGGUUGGAGGGCGUCAGGGCGUUUAUGGCCGAGAGGAGAGCGAAUUUCGGUUCUGGCGGUGCAGCACAGGGCUGA